AUGGCCCCCAGUCCCCUCUUUGAGAGGACUCCUCAAGCAAAUUCACUGACACUUUCAUGUUCUAGCUAUGGCGAGUCCCACUGCCGUUCUGUCGGCUGCAUCGUCGACGGCUGCCCGCCGGGCAUGCAACUCACCGAGGACGACAUCCAGCCGCAGAUGACUCGCCGCCGGCCGGGCCAGAGUGCCUUGACGACCCCGCGGAACGAGAAGGACCGGGUAGAGAUUCAGUCAGGCACGGAGUUUGGGGUGACCCUGGGCACACCCAUUGGAAUGAUUGUGCGCAACGAGGACCAGAGGCCCAAGGACUACGGCGGCAGCACGAUGGACCUGUUCCCCCGCCCUAGUCAUGCCGAUUUCACCUACCUCGAGAAGUACGGCGUGAAGGCCAGUAGCGGUGGUGGCCGCAGCAGUGCCCGGGAGACCAUUGGUCGUGUCGCGGCCGGAGCCAUCGCCGAGAAGUACCUCCAACUGUCGCAUAAAGUCGAGAUCGUGGCGUUCGUCUCGUCAGUGGGCAACGAGCACCUCUUCCCCCCGACAGCGGAGCACCCAUCCGCAUCAACCAACCCCGAGUUCCUGAAACUAGUCGAGACAAUCGACCGGCCGACAGUGGACUCGUUCGCACCGAUCCGGUGCCCGAACGACGAAGCCGGCGCGCGCAUGACCAAGCUCGUCGAGAAAUUCCGCGACAACCACGACAGCAUCGGCGGCACCGUGACCUGCGUGAUCCGCAACGUGCCCGUGGGGCUGGGCGAGCCGUGCUUCGACAAGCUGGAAGCGAAGCUGGGCCAUGCGAUGCUCAGCAUCCCCGCAACAAAGGGGUUCGAGAUCGGGUCCGGGUUCGGCGGCUGCGAGGUGCCGGGCUCGAUCCACAACGACCCGUUCGUCGCUUCCGCCGACGGCGCGGGCCUGACCACCAAGACCAACAACUCCGGCGGCAUUCAGGGCGGCAUCUCCAACGGCGCGUCCAUCUACUUCCGUGUCGCCUUCAAGCCGCCCGCUACUAUCGGCCAGGCCCAGACGACUGCUUCGUAUGGGUUCGAGGAGGGUGUUCUCGAGGCCAAGGGCCGCCAUGAUCCCUGCGUCGUGCCCCGCGCUGUCCCCAUCGUCGAGACGAUGUCUGCCCUCGUCGUCAUGGAUGCCCUUAUGGCUCAGUAUGCCCGUGAGAGCGCGAAGAACCGGCUGCCCCCGUUACCCAACACUAUCUUGCCCACUAAGCCGACCACUUCCCCCAACGGUGCCCCUGCGUCGUAA